UCAAUUUCCAAGACAGUCUGCUCCCAGCAAAGUGUACACACAGGGGACAUCAACAAUAUCUUCAUUAUUUUCUGCGCCAUGUUCCACCCUCGCUGCGGGGGUUGUGUCCACUUUUGCAAUGGAAACAAAACGGCAGCUCGGGCCAACCCCACGCAGGAGUUCAACAGGGGUCUCAUAUUUAGCUUGGAGCCCAUAAAAGACAAUGAAAUGUUCGAGGUUAAAAUUGACAAAAAGCUUAAUACUUGGAGUGGCAGCAUUGAAAUUGGUGUGACGGUAUGCAAUCCAGACGUCAUCGACAUCCCCAUCACAGCUACAGAUCUAAGGGGUGGAACAUGGAUCAUGCUAGGGCAAGGAGUUUUGCGCGACGGACGCUCCUUGCACGAGGCAUAUGGGUGCGACCUCGACAAACUUGUAGAAGGAGACCGAGUUGGUGUUAUGAGGACAUCACAGGGUGAUCUCAAGUUUUACGUCAAUGGAGAAUGCCAAGGUGUUGCUGCAGGGAAUUUGCCCCAGAUCUUGUAUGCUGUGGUAGAUAUGUAUGGAAAGUGUGCACAAGUAACACUCACAGCACCAUCAACUCCAGAUUCAAAUACGCUUGAUGAAGAUUCCAUCAGCGAAGUGUCAUCGAUGAGGGAUUCCAAUAUUUUAGAUUCUCAGGCAGACCACAUCUCCUCUAGCUUACCAGACCUCAACAAUCUCUCAUCAACUACAGACCAUGCAGCAGCAGCAGCAGCAGCAGCUGCCCCUCUUGUCACGUGUAGUGCAUUGAACAAUCAUGUGGCCAACAUAAGCAUUGCUAACAGUUUGAUGUCCAAUAGUGACAGCAAUGUUUUGCACGAUGAAAGAGAUGGAAGGGAAAGUAGUUGUGAUGUCAGUGAAUCGAACAAUAAUCCCUCUCCGACAAGAACUUCAGAUGCUGCGAAUACAGCUGUGCCGGCUCUGCCGAAUAAUUGUUGUAGCAACAAUACGCAAUCGUUAAUUAAUAAUUGUAAUAACAUUCCCUCUAGUAAUGGUCCUCUCUCGGGUUAUACGUGUGGGGGUGCUGUUGGUGGAAGUGGUGGCAAUAACAUGAAUAGUAAUACUGUUCCCAGCAACAACAAUAGUGGAGGGUUGAGUGCUGGAAAUGGGAUUGGGGGAAACAAUCAAAACCUCAACAACAAUCCAAGUAAUACGGACAACAUGACAAAUUAUUCUUCUGCGCAAGAUCGCCUCAGGUUUCAUGAUAAGUGUGGCACGCUCGUGAAGCUCUCUAAUAGCUCGAGAACUGCGGAAAGACGGCGACCUCUGGACGAAUUCAACAAUGGUGUGGUCAUGAGCUGUAGGGCAUUGAGAGAAAAUGAGCUGUUUGAGAUUCGUAUUGAUCGUCUGGUAGAUAAAUGGUCUGGUAGUAUAGAAGUGGGUAUUACAACCCACAAUCCUGGCAUGUUGGACUUCCCAGCCACCAUGACCAACAUGAGGUCUGGUACCACAAUGAUGAGUGGCACUGGAAUCCUCACCAAUGGGAAGGGAAUACACCGGGAAUAUGGACAGUUCAACUUGGAUGAACUAAAGGAAGGUGAUCGUAUUGGAAUGAUGAUCAAGACAGGUGGAGAGUUGCAUUAUUACAUAAAUGGGUUGGACCAAGGAAUUGCAGCUACAAAUGUCUUAUCUCCUGUGUGGGCAGUUGUAGACUUAUAUGGCAUGACUGUAAAGGUGACUAUUGUGGAUCGGGAUGAGAGAGAAGAGCAGAAUUUGAUAACAAGAAGAAAUACCCAGAUGGGUGAAUCACAGCCACUUCUCUCUGAUACAGGCUUGGUGUCAGAUGAUGAAGUGAAUGAAGAACUUCUUUUUCAUCCUAACUGCGGUACCUACGCUGAAGUCAUAAAUAAUGGACGAACUGCUCACCGACCUAAUGCUUCAGAAGACUUUAACAAUGGAGUUGUUUUAACGAGACGACCUCUAAAGUCCAAUGAAAUGUUUGAAGUUCGGCUAGACAAGUGCGUUGACAAGUGGGCAGGAUCAUUGGAAAUAGGUGUGACCACUCAUCCUCCAACUGACCUUGAAUAUCCGUCAACAAUGACCAAUGUCAGGUCUGGAACGUGGAUGAUGACGGGAAACGGCGUUAUGCAUAAUGGGACAACCAUAAUAGAUGAUUAUGGUCUUAAUCUGGAUAGACUCAAGGUUGGUGAUCGUGUUGGUGUGUUGCGAAAGGACAAUGGUGCUCUGUAUUUCUUUGUGAAUGGAGUUGAACAAGGAUUGGCAGCAAAUAAUGUUCCGGAACAUGUUUUUGGUGUGGUUGAUCUUUACGGCCAGGCAGCACAAGCCUCUAUUGUUCAGCACAAUGAACACUAUUCCUCAGAAGUCUUGCCAUCAAGCCUUUCAAGUUCAACUAUCUACAGUGACCUGAGGUUCCAUCACCUCCAUGGCAAGAAUGCCAGAAUCCUAAAUGGAGGACUAACGGCACAGAGGCCAAAUGCGCAUGGGGAAUUCAACGAUGCCAUUGUCAUCAGCAACAGGCAGUUGCAUGAAGGAGAAAUGUUUGAAGUCAUGAUUGAUAAAAUGGUUGACAGGUGGUCAGGAUCAUUGGAGGCUGGAGUGACAGCAAUCCCACCAGAGGAGCUGGAUUUUCCAAGCACAAUGACUGACAUCGAUUAUGACACUUGGAUGCUCAGUGGUUCAUCAGUGAUGCGUGAUGGUGCCACCAUCAUGAACAACUACCGAUGUGACCUUGACUCUCUUGCCGUAGGGACGCGUGUUGGGAUGAUGAGACACUCAGAUGGUUCUCUCCAUUACUAUGUCAAUGGAGAGGAUCAGGGAACAGCUUGUGAAAAUCUUCCACCAGGAGUUUGUUUAAAUUGUUUCACGCCGACAAUAGAAGACGAAGGUUUGUGGCCAGUUGUGGAUCUGUACGGCCAGUGUGCUCAAGUGACAAUUGUCCACAACCCCAUUCGACAUGACCAGUCUCUCAUAUCUGUGUCUCAGUACCUCGACAUGUCUCAUCUUUCUCUUCCGGCAGCUGGACAGACAAGUGUAGGAUCUGAAGUGUUACAUCGUUUUUCAAAAUGUUGUGGAGCCAACAUUGCCCUGAGCAGCAACAAUACAAUCGCCACCCGUGUCCGUCACUUUAAUCAUGGCCUCGUCUUUACAUCUCAUCCCCUGGAGGCAGAGGAGCUCUUUGAGGUCCGAAUUGAGAAAGUAGCUGUAGGUUACUGUGGUUCCCUUGGCAUUGGGUUGACUUCUCUCCCUAUUGGCAACUCUUACCCUUCUGUGAGCAUUCCAGCUUCGCUUUCUGGAAUUGAGUCGGCGGACACUUGGUGGGUUAGUGGCUCAGAUGUGCGAAGAAAUGGAUCUUCCAUUUUGAAGCUUAAUUUCUGCCCCAAUUUGGGAAGGUUGGUGGUGGGGGAUCGUAUUGGGAUCAAGAGAUCAAGUGAUGGUGCUAUGAGACUGUAUAUUAAUGGAGAAGAUUUUGGUAUCGCAGCUACAAAUGUAACAAAACGUGUGUUCGGUGUUGUGGACUUAUUUGGAUUUACUGAGUCAGUGGGAACAACAAGUGUCUCACGACAAGCAAGUUCUCCAAUCAUGGAUUCAACUAUUGUUGCUGCAGCUACCAACAAUAAUAAUGCUGUAUCUCAGGACUCUCUAGAACUCUCCCAGCCAGAGUCACGUCACCCACCUGGACACAACUCCUUAACCUCAGGUUUCCACCCUUCUUCAUCUGCUCAUAUUCCUCACGUAGAACUUCGCCCGUCAGCGGAUUCAAAAGCAUUAUCAACAAGUGAUCAAAAUAGGCAAGAAAGUGGACAGAACCAUCGACAUGCCCAGAAUGCCGAAACAAGAGCAAGUGGCAUCAGCCAGAGUCAAGGUGCAGCUGUUGAAACCACAGCUGAAAGUAGGAAUCAACAACAAAGCGUCCCAGUUUUUAUCAGUAAAGAAUCAUUGUUAAUUCAAUUCCAUGAGAAAACAGGCAAAAAUAUUCAGCUGUCGUCUGAUAAACUGUCUGCAAAGCGUUCAGAGAGUUACAACCAAGGAAUUGUUAUGUCAUCCAAGCCGUUGCCUAGGAACAUAGUCUUUCAGGUUCGUUUAGGAGCACUAAAUUCUCGCUGGUCAAGCUCCCUCAUGAUUGGUGUCACAGCUCAGUCACCAGAUAAGCUUCACCUCCCAAAUACAGCCUUUGCAUUAAAGCGAAACACGUGGGUCGUUUGUGGCGACUCAGUUUUUUAUAACGGAGUCAAGAUUAAGGGUCGUUAUGGGCCAGACCUAGAUAGUCUUGCUGGUGGCACAGGAGGUCAUGUUGUUGGAGUCAUGGUUGAUAAUGAGUCUCGCCUACAUUUGCUGGUAAAUGGAGUUGACCAGGGUGUUGCUGCCAAGGAAAUUCCUCCCAAUCCUUUUGUGGUGCUUGACUUGUAUGGCCAGUGUCAAGAGGUGGUUAUAACGAAUAGUCUCGGUAGCUUAGAAGUAGCAAAUGUAACAACCACAAGUAAUCCGAAUGCAACUAGUCACGUCAGUACGACAACUACCACCAUGACCACCACUACCGUCACAACCACACCCAUCAGCAACAGCAUCUCAAUCACGACAAGCACAAAUACCGUCCCCUCCACAAACACUGUCACUUCCACAACACAAAUAGGCAAUGAACAAAACAAAAAGAAUCUCCUUAAGACUCAACAUCAUCACCAUCAUCACCACCAUCAUCAUCAUCAUACUAACAACAUCCAGCAGCAGCAACAACAGCAACAGCCUCCAUCGCAGCCACCCUCACAGCCCCCACAGCAACAGCAGCCGAGCAGCGUCGUCGCUUCUCACAACCAGGAUAACACCAGCAGCAACAUUUCAAAUAAUGACUCUGUCAGGCAGCCUGGGUCUAAUAUAACGACAGAGCACAUCACUCAUCCACAUCCUCCAAAAGAUAAAGAGAAGGGUGUUACCCGAGCGAUGCCAGAUAGUAGUAUAGUUAAAAACUGUGAAUACCAAAACAUGUGCCAUCGAUUUAAAGCAUCUUUAGCUCUGCCAGAAGGAUACUUCAACAGCGAAGGUAAUCUCUGUUACUGUGAAACCUGCCACAAGAUACGAGGAGAUGAACUCUACUAUACAAAAGGUAACCCACCUAAACACUAUGCUCAACCUUUUGGUUGGUGCCGUUUUGGCCUGGUGAGUGGUGUUGGCGACAAUAAUGAAUCAUGGCACAUGGCUUACCAUGGGACGAGACCUGGUGCAAUAAGACGAAUGCUUGACAAGGGUGAACUACUGUUUAGUGGAGAGCUUGGAGUAAGCUCGACGCUAGCUGGACGUCGCAGUAAAGAUGAUGACAGUGAUGGGUCCCAGCUCUGUUUUUCUCCUGCUAUCACCUAUGCUUCUUCAGACCAAUUUGCACCUUCUGUCACGUAUGUUGAUCCAUGCACUCGCAAAAGAGUGCAGGUGCAAGUUGUGCUACAGGUAGCUGUGAAACCAGGGUCUUACAAAGUAGGUUCCCCCUCAGUGGCGUGGACGCCCAAUCACCACGAAACAACAAACAGCCAUACAAAUCCUGAUCCUCAUCUUCAGCCCGAUACCAUAGAGUGGGUCACCAAGGAACGAGGAGCAACCCAACUUCUGGCACUCUUAAUUCGAAUGGAAGAAGAAAAGUAAAAAUAGCUCAAAAUAAUGUGCACUAUUUUUAUAUUUAUUUUGUAAAUGAGAGUUAAGCUUCCACGGGCCAAUUCUGUCGCGUAAAGAAAAAUUUAUUUGUUUUCUUAUGAUGAUACAACCUGUGUUUAAGUGUAUAACUAAGGUCUCUCUCUCUCUCUCUCUCUCUCUCUCUCUCUCUCUCUCUCUCUCUCUCUCUCUCUCUCUCUCUCUCUCUCUCUCUCAUAUAUAUAUAUAUAUAUUGCUUGAUAGAUGGGUCAUACAAUUUAGCAAACAUGUUUUGACAGUUUGAGGUAAACGUAUUGAGACAUCAUUACUUUCUUCUCAUUCAUAACCAUUGUAUUGUAAAUAUAAUCACUUCUGCCUCCCUCCAUUACCCAAAAACAAAAGUAGUGAGUCAGAGAAUAAAGUCAUUUAUUAAUUUGUAACUUGGGCAUGUUAAGUUGGCAGUACACUUUUUGUCAGUGACUCGUUGGAGGUUUUUGUUGAAAAAAUAUUAAUCUAGCCAUGUAAGUAAGAGUAGUGAGGGCCUUUUCAUUACUUAGUAUUAUAGCCUGAAAGUCAGGCACAUACUAUUGGAGAAUUACUUAUCCAGCAUGCUGUUGACUAAAGGUGACCUGCUAUAUUAGAGCCCAUUUUUUAUAGAAGUGAUAUUGUUAUGUGAUUCCAGCAAAAGAAUGCAUAAUGAACUCAUAGAUUGACACUGCAAUCUUUUUAUGGUUAAAUCUGGCUCAGUUUACAGUGAAAGGAGAAUGUGUGGAGCUGUUUGAGUACAUAGUUACUUCUGUUUGGAAUGUUCUUCAAGUUGAAGUGUGCAAAGCAGGUCUCUCUUCUGAAGUAAAAUGUAGCGGUUUUACAGUAAGUUUUCUUGUUGAGCUCAUAAAUUUUGUUGGAAAGAAAACUUUUCAAAGCCUCAGUUUGCAUAUUUGGUGGCUAACAUUUUCUUUUCCUCCAGGGAGCCUUUUAAGCAUCCAAAAAUAUACAGUAUUCUGUGGUAUAGUUUAAGUACUGGACUUCAUAAUAAAGUUUGACAUUUUGUUGAUAUUUCCCCAUUGCAAGUCAGUGAAUCAAUUUCUACUCCAAAAUCAAGUUUAAUAAUGUUGCCAGAUUAUGUUAGGUAUCAUCAGGUGUAUAUAUCCUAGAAUUAUUCAGGUUCUAUUGGACAUUUUACUAAUGUUUCCAGUUCUUAAAAAUAUAUUUCUUAAAAAUAUAUUUCAUAGGUAUUCAGAGAUAUCCAUUCCAUUUUAUUUAUUGGAGGGGUUUCCAUUGAAUGAACAGUAGCACACUGGGCUUGACCUACAUAGUCGACAUACACUUACGUGUACUUAUUCAUGUUUGGAAGGUAAGGGCAUUCCUUAGGUGUGUGUUGUUGACAAUGGUUGUGCAGUAUGUACAUGUAAUAUACUUAUGCUAACCUGUAAGUAAAUAGUUUUGUUAACUUAAUCUCCAAAAAAAUAUUUUUUCCUGAUUUAUAAAAAUUCAAGAGUUUGAGAUGCCAGAUUAAACCUUAAAAGGAAUGAACAGCUGACUAGGGUGACAAUGCUACGGCACUGUUGUUGUUUUGAUGGCCGUAUUGAAGAUGCAAAGGGUCAGUCACCUAAUAACUGGGGAAUGUAGAGGUUACCAUUACACUCACUGCAUGUUGUUGUUCUUGUUAUGAGCUUUGAAUGGGCAACAAUAUUAUUCCCUUACACUAUGCAAUGAAAUGUGAACACUAUUUAGCUUUUAUAAUGUGAAAUCCAGUGGAUUGCAUUUCUUACUACAGAAUUCCCAAGCAUCGUUGCUUUCACCUAAACCUGUCCAAAUAUCUUUAUAUUAGUCACUAGGUAAGUACAUAGCCUCUUAGAAGAAGUUCACGAGAACAGGUUUUUUUAAAAAUUAUCAUUCCUGUUGGUUUAGGUUGAUUUGAAGUCUUAACAGGUUUUUUUUGUUGUGGUUCAGCCUCGUACACUACCAACUUCAGAUGUGCUGAGUCAUUCCAGCCUAACCUUCCCUUGUAUAGCUAAGCUUAGCAGCAUGUUAACUAGUUUAAUUUAUGGUUUUGCCUAACCUUUUCUAUAUACUACUGUAUUCCAAGUUUAAGAUAUAAUGUAUGUAGAUAAAGGUACGGUAGCCUAGUGCAAUUGUAGUACUAACUCUCUUAAUGAAGACUUUUAGGCCGUUGGAGUGUACAGUUUCCUAUUAAGACUGUGCAGUCUGUAUUACAUCAAAACUAGGUACUGUAGAUAUAAGUCUUUAUGUUUCUCAUUUGAGUAUUACUCAGUGUAAGUCAGUUUCCUGGGCCUCUGAAGGAAAAGGAUCAAUCUCCUUAAAUGGAUUGUCCACUGGGAGGAUUACAGAUUGUUUGUCAUGCAUGUGGAUGUUCAGCGAGUUCAUCAUAGAGUUUUCCCAGCUUGUUUUAUUCUGUGCAGGCACAAUUAACACUUGAAAAGGGGCCUAGGGAAUUGCGUUUCACUGAAUGCAAGUGAUGCUCAAGUUGUGUGGCAAGUGACUUGAAGCACCAUGAAGUUGAUUCUGUGCCAAAAUUUGUUAUUGUAUAGUUUAUUAGUUUUAAUUUCUUCUACUAAGUUUUCCCUCACUUCACUACGUAAACUCCUUGUAUGAAUAACCGUACGUUAUAUGGUUUUGACUUCUGUUCAGUACUCUUCCCACUUCAUUUGGUUUUCUUCUAUUUAUUGUGCAUUAUAAGUACAAAAGGGUUCCAGGAGAAUUCCCUGUGAAUUUAUUGCAGUGUAUCUAGAAUUUGUUCCUCAAAGCUUGAGUAUGUUACCAGUUUUUGAAUCUGUAUUCUUUACACACAAUUGAAAAAUUAUAUUUUGUCCUGAGGUAUAUUUGUUUGGGAGAUGAAUAUUAAAUUACAGUAUAGUAUCCAUAAAAUCUUGAUUUUGAUAUUAAAUUUUAAUUUUAAAGUUGAUGAUAAGGGCUCUGAAGAAUUUUCAGAAAUACGUACCUAAGUACAAAAAAAAAAAUUAUAAUUCCGGCAUAAUUUUUAUAAUUGGCAGAAUAUUAGCUUUUAAGAAAAUGUCUAGUUUCUAGACCUCCCAUAGAGAUGUGAACUCUUGUGUGAAAAAUACAAUCCAUAAUAGAUGCCAUAUGAGAGGUUAAGUUUGGAUUGAAUGGCUCUUAGCAAAGCCAUUGGAGCUGUUUCUCAACUUGAUUUCCUCUUCAGUUGUGAUAAUUUGUUUGAAGUUGAUGUCAGAUAUUUACUGUAGUUUUGCAUAGUUUCCUGAUUUUUAAAUGUAACAUGAAUAGACAGGUGAGGAAUAGGUAUAUGUAAAAUGGUUAAUGGUUUAAAUCUUUACAUAAAAGUGGGGAAAAGUAGAAAAUGAUUGAAAUUAAGCCAAGCUUCUUUUCACCUUGCACUUUCACUCCUUUUACACAGCAUAUACUAAAAGUUUUACCAAACAGAUAUGAAGUCGGUUCUCUUGUUAAGAAUUGAAAUUUUAAACAAAACUGUAUGUAGAGGACAGGUACAUGCUACAUUUUUAAAUGAAUCAUUAUAUCCAAUGUGUAAGGUAUGGUUUUUUUCAGCGUUAUUGGGAAUUUUUUGGGGGGCAACAAUGUUAAACACUUAUGGUUAAUGGUUCUGCAAACAUGAGUACAAUCAUAGGAUUUCUUCCCUUCAGUCCAGUUCCGUAUAGCCUUAAUGGAAGCAUAAGAAUGACUAAAAUGUAGGAUGGAAAUAAUAGCAUGAAGAAACACAGUUUCCCAUUUUAUUUCUGAAUUAAUAUAAAGAUUUAAAUUAAGUAAAAGCUCCACUUUGACCUGUGUAACAUAAAAAAAAUGUUAAUUUAGAAUUUUUUGUAUAUGCACAUUAAUACUACUGUUAGUAAAAUAACAGGAGAAUACUUCUGGACCUAACAUGUUUAAUAAGAAAUCCUAUAUUUUUAUUAUAACUUUCAGUAGGAGUUUUGGAGACUUGCUAAGGUGAUAACAGGUACCUUUUGACUGUAGUGUUAUCCAUCACUGAUAAGUUUCCCUCAUAAAUUUUUUCCUGAAGGAAAAAUAGACAUGGAAAGACUGUAUAAUGCAUCAUAAAUUAUAAAUUGUACAAGGUUUAGACUGUCAGUAGUACUCUGAAGUCCCUUCUCGAUGGUGCAGUUCCUGAACUUCAUGCCAGUGUUUUUAGAGUACAUUGUCAAAUAGUCCAACAACAACUCGUUGAAGCUCGAUGCAGAUAUGGCUCUCCCAAAUUAGUUCCAAAUGAGCAGUGAAAAUUGGAUCAAGAGGGAGUUAAGUAGUUGUGGCCAGGGAGGGAGAACAAGUUAUAAAAGCUGUAUAAGAAUAACUUGAAAAGCUCCAUUAUAGAAUACAUUUUUCUGUGAUAGGGUCAACCCAUGGCUAUAUUAUGUAAUUGCAUGACUGUUGUAGGGAUUCAUUUCUUCUGUUUUUCUUUAAGGUUUCAUUUGAUAUUUCAGCAAGUGUUAUUUCCAAUGUAAGGCCUGAUACUAAUCUCAAUCUGGUCAGUUUUCUCAGUAUUGUAUAUUGGUUGUAUAUAUUUGUAAACAUUAUGUAUGUAAGAAACCGUAUGUUUUUUCUUUUUGUGAAAACAAUCUAGUCUUUGUUGAAAUUUUUUAGGUUUUUGUAUCAUUUUGAUGAAUGUGUAUGAGAUAUUUCGAUGGUGUUACAGAUAGAAUAUGAGAUUUGUGCUAGAAGACAAUGAAUGCCAUGUUUUAAGGUCAGUUUAUACAUAUAUGUGGCUGAAAAAUGCUUGCUUAUCAUGUAGAAUUGUUAAUGUUUGACCAGCAGAAUUUAAUGAGUGGUGUGGUUAUCCACAAACUGUUAAUGAAUGUUAGGUUACUAAUCAAAAUCUACCAAUUUGUAUUAGAAGGUUGUAUUAAGCACAUAAUUUUUUUUAUUACUAGACUACAUGUCAGAGGAAAGCUGUUCACUUUUGAUUGGUUAGUGGGUGUCAUAUUAAUAUAGUAAAAGAUUUCUUGUUUUCUUACUUAAGGUUAAUCAAAGACAUAUAUCAUUUCAAAUAAAUGUGCUGUCAGCUGAAUCUCAAGUCUCUUCAAGCAAUAUGGUGUAAAGUACAGUAUGGGAAAACUUCCAAUAUAUUUGAUAUUUGACAUGAAGCUCAUUAUGUUUUUCAUCAUUGUUAUUGAUUUUAUUGAUAAAAUUUCAUAACUUUUAAAUUUAGAAUUCUUAAAUUGUAUUUGUUUUUGCAUAAAUAGGUACCUUUAUAAAUACAUAUUUGAUCAAAUUCACUAAUUGACAUUCCUGCUGAUGUUAGUGAGAGUACAGUACAGGCAGUCCCCAGCUUACGACGCUGGUUCCGUUCUUGAGACGUGUUGCAAGCCGAAAAUUGUUGUAAGCCAGAAAAUCAUAAAAAAAACUGCAUUUUUAUUGGCCUUUUCAUAAUAAAAUGUUCAAAUAUCAAUUUCUGGAGUCAUAUUUCUUCUGUCAGAUUGGCAUUGUGAGCGUUGUAACCCUGGAAAUAAUUUAUGGUGAAUGUAAUUGAAAAGCGCCAUAACCUUGGAACAUCGGAAGCCAAACCUGUCGUAAGCCGAUGACUGCCUGUACAGUACUCCAGUCAGUGUUAAUCUUGCCGUUUCUGCAGACUGAUAGGAAUGCAGAACUGACUAAAAUUGCAAUUACUUAUAUGAAUUAUAAAUAGGUUUAACAUUUUAUGUAAGACUUCAUAUAAUGGAUCAGUCAUUCUUUCAACUUCCAAAUUAUGUUGACUUUGAUAUUUGUACUAUGGUACACAAAUUGUAUUUGAGGGUCUGGACAUAGUCAUGGUUAUAGUUUAUGAGCACCUCUUACAGUGUAGUCUUAAAACAGUUGAUGCUAUUUCAGAUUCAUGUGGUUUCACUGGAAUGUAAAAUAGCAUUGAGCAGCUAUGUGAACAAAGAAUGUACCUGUACAAUAUUUCAUCCGAAUUGUAUCAUUUGGAAAGCAACCAAUAAGUAAGCGUUGGAAAAAAAAUUCACUGUAUUAAAGCAACAGGAAUGUUGGAUAAAAUUCCAGUGACUAGCAAGAAAAUUCAAGAUAUGGUAUGCAAAGAGUUUAUUCCAUAUACUGGAGGAUUAUGAUUGCUUGUAAAUAUUUUUUGUGCAUUAUGAGAUUGUUAGAAAUUGUUUUACCAUUGUAUUGUUAAACAUUUCAGGAUAUCCCACCAACAGUUCCUUCCACUCACAUUCAUAAAGGUUAUGCUGGAAUUUUUAUCUUGCAUUCAUGAAGUGGCAAGCUAAGUUUGCUAUGCAAUGAUUGAUAUUUCAUUCCUUUAGUUUAAGUAUUGAGGAAAGCUUUAUGUUCUUCCAUGAAAAAGUUGUCACUGAUAUUUGCAAAGUUCUUUUACUGCCUGAUAAUAUACAUAUCAGAUCCAGACAGACUGCAGAUUUCUGCCAUGAACUAGGAUUCAGUUUUGUGUAAGUUGAAAAUGAAUGCUAGGUUUAGACAGGUAAACUUUUAUGUAAAAAUGGGACCUGGAUGGAGUACUACAUUGAGAUUUAUUUAGGCAACUUUGUUGAAUUUUUAUAUUUUUUUUAAAGUAAACCCCCAUUGUAGAUUAGCUCCAAGAGGUCAUGAGAGUGAUAGGUUUAUGCAUGAUACUACGCGAUUUAAAAAGUUAAUCACCACUACAAAUCAAGGUAGUAUGAAUCUCUGCAUAAUGAUUGUCAAACAAUAAUAAAACUGGGAAUGGUAAAA